CCCCCUCUGGAACUUCAUACACGAAUUUGAGAUUUCUUUAAUUGGAUUUUCCGUUGAUAGCUUAGACUUGAAUUUGUUCCCUCACAAAUGAUUUUCACCACCCGAUACAAGUAAUUUUUCGCAGAGUUGACUUCUGCAAAUAAACUUCAAGAUGAGCGAUUUACAAAGGUCCUUUGUUAAGCCUAAGCUACCAAAAUUUGCUCCGCCAGAAUUCAAUGAGGUCGACGAAGAAGAAGAAGAGAUUGAUAUGCCUAGUGAACUACCCGAUCUUCCAAUAGAUGACGAUUCUUCCUCGGCAUCUUCAGCUUCAUCUACUGGCACCAUCAUACCAUCCUCGAAUCAGAACUUGUUUGCUCGGCGGCAAGGUGCUCCCAAUAAACGAACGAUGGACCAGAUACCGUGGACGACUUAUUUUGAACGAGAACUGUUUCUCGAGCACAAGUUGGAAGCAGAGACGAUAAUGCAUCAUGCAUAUCUCACAUCUCCUGUUGGGUCAGCACCUUUAUUUAUCACACAUCAUGGAGCAGGAUCAUCCGGCCUCUCGUUUGCUGUUCUGACGUCGGAGAUUCGAAAAAAGUUACCUUCUGCUGGUGUACUUUCUCUUGAUGCUCGAGGUCAUGGUUCUACGGAUAUCUCUCCAGAGACAGAACUUCUCGAUCUUAGUCUAGAGACCUUGAGUUCGGAUUUGUUAUAUGUCAUUGAAGCCACAAAAGACAAAAUGAAAUGGAAGCAACUUCCGCCUCUUGUACUUGUUGGUCAUUCUCUUGGCGGUGCAGUGAUUACAGAUGUUGCAAAGGGCGGGAAACUAGGCAACUCAGUUCUUGGAUACGCAGUUCUUGAUGUAGUUGAGGGCUCUGCUAUGGAUGCUCUACAAAGCAUGCAAACUUACUUAUCGACUCGUCCACUAGGCUUCCCUUCACUGCAAUCUGGCAUUGAGUGGCACAUGAGGUCGAGAACAAUACGCAAUUCGUUGUCAGCGCGGACGAGUGUGCCUGGGCUACUGAAGCACAACGAAGAAGCCAGUGGAUCAAGAUCGUGGACAUGGCGCACAAAUUUGGGAGCCACUCAACCAUUUUGGGAAGGUUGGUUUGUUGGACUUAGCAAGAAGUUUCUUGAGGCCAGAGGUGGAAAGCUAUUACUGCUUGCAGGUACAGAUAGACUUGAUAAGGAGUUGACAAUCGGACAAAUGCAAGGGAAGUAUGCGCUGCAAGUUUUCCCCGAGGCCGGUCAUUUUGUUCACGAAGACCUUCCUGAGAAGACAGCAAUGGUGUUAGUAGAUUUCUAUUCAAGAAACGACCGAAGUGCAUUGAUAUUACCACCAAAAGUGUCAGAUCUUAUUAGGGCUGGUAAAAGAGUGUGAACUCAGCUGGAUAUUUUGACCGACUACAGUAAGGGGUCUCGAAAAAUCUGAAAGCCAUAUUACUACGUCAUUGAAGCUCCUUGGGCAGUCAACGGCCGACAUCGAAACAUAACCUCUCGGAGUAUCGAAAAAUACUUGGCCCUCCAAGUGGCCUGCGUUUUGAAGCUUGGAGAGCACAGCAGGAUGCUUAAUGCGCGCACAGCACAUUGAAAGCGGAAUUGCGGCUGAUAUAUUGUGGGUCUCAGCAUCAUCCCACCAUUACUUUCCAUCGAAUCAGAUAUCCUUGUGAGCCUAGGUAGCUUACUACACGUGCGAAAUAUGCAAUACUUCCAAGAAAGAGCAGCAUCAAAUUACUUCUCCUAGAAUGUCACAUUCGCCGAGCCUCAGGGGUUAAUCGUACAAGGUAACCAAUAGAUCUCUCCCCGGAACAUGAAUUUUAAUUUUCAACCGUUUAAAACGGAAUCACGGGCUGCUAGGCAUCCAGAUCAUCUUUUGUGGGGGCUAAAUAGCAUUACUUUAAUC